AUACCCUCCCUGAAUCUCUCAUGGCCAGCAGCUCCUCUCCGAUAACCAAAACCUCCCACUCCUCCUCCGCCACCGCCGCCACCACCACCACAUAAAACCAUCCUCCAUCCUCAAUCUCUCAUUGUAUCCAUCUAAUCCGUCAAUUUCUUCUUCUAUGGAUUUGAGAAGAAUAACUCUUCUCCACAAAACUAAACCUAAACGUCUCUUAUUAUUCUUCACGAACCCUAUUUCUUCAAUCUCAUCACCAUCUCCACAAUCACAACCACAAUCAAAUGAUUCAGAUCAAAAUCUACUUAUUAUUAAUAAGGUAAAAUCAAUUCUAUCGAAUUCAAUUCUUGAUACAUCGAAAUGUAAAGAGGAAUCAAUUAGAUUAUUAUCUCCGUCAAAAUUUGAUUACGUUUUAUUCAAUAUUCAAUCUACUGUUAAUCCUAAAACCACAUUGAAUUUCUUUUCAUUUGCUUCGCAAAAUCUAGGAUUUCGUUUUACACUUAGAUGUUAUUGUAUUUUGAUUCAUAUACUUAUUCGUUCGAAUCAAAUUGAUUCCGCUAGAUUGUUCCUUAUUCGUUUAAUUGAUGGGAAGUUGCCGAAUGUUGUGUUUGAGAAUCUAGAGUAUAAACAUAUUGAGAUUGUAAAGACAUUUUCAGAUUCCAUUUUGAAGAAAUCUGAGGAGAAUGGGAGUGGUGGUGUGGCUGCAUUUGAUUUGUUAGUUCAUGUUUACUGUACCCAGUUUAGGAAUUUUGGGUUGGGGAUUGCGUUCGAUGUGUUUAGGUUGCUUACCGGUCAAGGUUCGUUUCCGUCGAUUAGAACGUGUAAUUUCUUGUUGGAUACACUUGUGAGAGGGAAGGAGUUUGAGAGGAGUAUUGAGGUUUUUAACAUUGUUUAUUCUUCGGGUGGUAUUGUGAAUCCGGAUGUUAGGACGUUUACUAUGGGAGUUAAUGCGUAUUGCAGGGGAGGGAAAGUUGAUGAAGCGAUUUGUUUGUUUAAGAAGAUGGAGAGUUUGGGUAUUUAUCCGAACGUUGUUACUUAUAAUACUAUCAUUGAUGGGCUUUGCAAAAAGAAGAAUGUCGAUGAGGCGAUUAGGUUUAAAGAGAUUAUGAUUCAAAAUGAUGUGAUUCCUAAUGUUUAUACGUUUAGUUCUAUUAUAAAAGGCUUGAUUGAUUUGGACAAGCUUGAGGAUGCAAAAUGUGUUUUGAAGGAAAUGUCAGAGAUGGGGGUUGUGCCAAAUGUGGUUGUGUUUAAUACUUUGAUUGAUGGGUACUGUAAAGUAGGUGAUUUUUCGGAGGCGUCAGCAUUGAUAGAGAAAAUGACGUCAAAAGUGAUUAAUCCGAACGAAGUUACUUAUUAUUCACUAAUUGAUGGCUUGUGCAAUGUGGGUCGCAUGGAAGAAGCUGAGCAUCUCUUGGAGGAGACCUUAUCAAGAGGUCUUUCUGUACGUCCAGGUGUGUUCAAUUCAAUUAUUCACUGGCUAUGUACAAUUUCUAGGUUGGAUUCUGCAGUACGACUCAUAAGGGAGAUGAUGUUGAGAAAUUAUCGGCCCAAUGAAAAGGUUCUGACGAAGCUGGUCAAUGGACUUUGCAAGGAGGGGAAGCAUUCUGUGGCAACUGAGAUUUGGUUUAAAUUAUUGGAGAAAGGAUUUGCCGCCAGUACACCUACCUCAAACGCUUUAGUCAGUGGAUUAUGCAAAUCAAGAAAUAUGAAAGAGGCAGUUAGGCUUCUGAAGGUGAUGAUUGAGAGGGGGUUGCCCCUUGAUAUCGUCAUGUACAACGCAAUUAUAGAUGGAUGUUGCAAAGAUGGGAAAGUGGAAGAAGGGUUUAAGCUGAGGGAUGAGAUGGUUAAGCGGGGAGUUAAAUCAGAUAUCAUAACAUAUAGUGCACUGUUACAUGGGUUGUGUGAUAAGGGUAGAAUGGAUGAAGCUGUAAGCUUCUGGAAUGAGAUAAAAAGGGGUGGUCUAGUGCCGGAUAUUUAUAUGUAUAACAUGAUGAUAGAUGGGUACUGCAAGGCCAAAAAAGUGGAAGAGGGAAGAAGUUUUUUUAACGAGUUAGUCAGUCAGGGGCUGGAGUUAAAUUCUUCUGUGUAUAACAAUCUUAUCAAAGGUUAUUGUGGAGAUGGAAAUAUGGUUGCUGCAUUCAAACUUCGGGAUGAAAUGAAAGCCAAGGGUAUAAUGCCAAAUGUUAAGACACAUUCAAUAUUAAUAGGUGGGUUUUGUGAUGUUAGAAAGGUACAGGAAGCAAAGAACCUCUUUGGUGAGAUGAGAACAGAGGGUUUGACCCCAAAUGUUGUCUGUUACACUCAAUUAAUUCGUGGAUUUUAUGAGAUAGGCGAGAUGGAAAAUGCAUCCAAUGUGAUGGAGGAAAUGUGUGCAUUUGGUGUGGCUCCUAAUGAGUACACUUACACCGUCAUGAUUAAUGGCUACUUUAAAAUGUCUGAUCAAAAGGAAGCUAUGAAACUUUAUGGGCAAAUGCUCGAGAAGGGUAUUGCCCCUGAUGUUGUCACAUACAAUACUUUGAUAAAUGGUUUAUGUAUGACAGGAAAGAUGGAAGACGCUUUUAUGGCAUGUGAUGCUAUGUCUCAAAGAGGUUUGGUGAUGGAUAAAGUUACAUAUACCACAUUAGUUGAUGGUUUAUGUAGUUUAGGCUUAUCAAAAGAAGCUACCUUGAUAUCGGAGGGCAUCAUCAAGCGUGGUAUGGUUCCUUGGCAUGUUAAGGAAGACACCCUUUUGUAAGCCUUCUAAUCUGGAGCAAAUCUUGGACUUUUUUUGGAGUUAUACUGCGAUAUCCAGAAUAUGCGGGGGUUAUUUACGUCCUCCUGAGUGUGAUCCCAAAGCUGCUGGAAUUUGUGCAUGGGCGAAGUCGGAGAAGAUUUGCAGGUUGUAUGUAUGGACUAUCGAAGAGGCUGCCUACUUCUCGUCCUCCUUCACCACUUCCCCCUGCCCAAAUAAAACCUUGACAGUUACCAUUGAUGGUGCAGGCAUGGUUCAGGAACAAAUGGGCAAGAACUGCAACAUAUUUGCAGGGAGAACUUAUAACGAUGUUAAGAACUUUUGGAGUACCAGAAAGAAGAGAUUGGCAAGGAUGUUGCAGACAGCAAGACACCAACGGUGUCAAAGGAAACAUUGGAAAAUCCCGUCUUGCGUGGACUUUCUUCAUUAGAGGCGAAUGAGAAGUGGAAGAAUUGCGAAUUUGCAGAUCUUUGGUUGAAUGAAAAGGAAGCGUAUAAGAUGAAACAAAGCAGGUUUGAAUAGGAUGGAAAGAAGAGAAGAGCUAGAGUUAAGCAGCACGUGGUGCAUUGGAAUUAUUAAUUCUACUGUGAUAUAUCAAAGGUAUUUAUUUCUGGAAAUGGGCCUUGGUUGUUUUGGCUAGGCGGAGAAUAAUGUAUGGAAAACGAGAGUUUGAAAUUUGUCCAUUGUUAUCGAGAAAUCAUUCUCUCUGCUGACCAGGUGCAUUGUUAGGAAGGGGUCAGCUGGAAACUUUCAGGAUUACUUUAGAUUUGUAUACUGAUUCUUUGGCUGCUUAGAGCGUCCACAGUGGUGCGAGCAUAACUAAAGACCAAAGACUAAAAAAAAAGAUUAAAUUUGGGUUUA